AUGAUGCGGUUAUGGAUUUCUUAUCUGCAACUGGUGGAGCUCUUUGUGAGUUCCUUGGUUCAUUUGCUUUAUGGGUUUUACAUAUUUAGCUCUGCUGUUGCGGGGGAUCUUUCACAGGCUCUCAAUGAAUAUUUUCACAAGCCUAACGUCAAUGUUGAGAUCAAAAAUGAAAUUUCCAAAGCCAAUGCUGAUGAUCUUCCUCCUAUUGUGUUGGUUCAUGGUAUUUUUGGAUUUGGCAAAGGGAGAUUAGGGGCUCUGUCGUACUUUGGCGGGGCAGAGAAGAAAGAUGAAAGGGUUCUUGUUCCUGAUUUGGGCUCCCUCACCAGUAUCUACGAUAGAGCUCGAGAAUUGUUCUAUUAUUUAAAAGGUGGGCAAGUUGAUUAUGGUGAGGAGCAUAGCACGGCUUGUGGACACUCGCAGUUUGGACGAAUCUAUGAACAAGGGAAUUACCCUGAGUGGGACGAGGAUCACCCUAUUCAUUUUGUUGGGCACUCAGCAGGUGCACAAGUUGUCCGUGUCUUGCAACAAAUGCUUGCUGAUAAGGCAUUCAAAGGGUACGAAGACACUUCAGAGAACUGGGUAUUAAGUAUCACGUCCUUAUCUGGAGCAUUUAAUGGGACUACAAGAACCUACACAGAUGGCAUGCAGCCAGAAGAUGGGAAGACAUUGAAACCUAUUUGCCUGCUACAACUUUGCCGCAUUGGAGUGAUUAUAUAUGAUUGGUUUGACAUUUCCUGGCUGAAGAACUACUAUAAUUUUGGGUUUGAUCACUUUAACAUGUCAUGGAAGAAGAUGGGCAUAUGGGGUCUUGUUGACUGCCUAUUGGGGAAUGCAGGUCCAUUUGCUUCAGGAGAUUGGAUCCUCCCUGAUCUUACAAUUCAAGGCUCCAUAAGACUCAAUUGCCACCUACAAACAUUUCCAAACACAUACUACUUCAGCUACGCGACCAAGCGCACAACCAAGAUCAUGGGCAUUACAGUUCCUUCAAGCAUACUUGGAAUUCACCCCAUGCUUUUCAUAAGAGUGUUGCAGAUGAGCCAGUGGCGUUAUCCUCCAGAUGUUCCUCCCCCUUAUAAGGGAUACAGGGACGAGGACUGGCAAGACAAUGAUGGAGCACUAAACACAAUAUCCAUGACUCAUCCUCGCCUACCAAUUGAACACCCGAACUGCUUGGUUGAAAAGGAAUCAGACUGCAAUCCUUUACAACCUGGCAUCUGGUACUACAAAUAUGUGGAGGGUGAUCACAUACUAUUCAUUAUUAAUAGGGAGAGAGCAGGAGUGCAGUUUGACUUGAUCUAUGACAGUAUUUUCCAACGCUGUAGGAAACACGUUUUUAGGAAGAAGCCUCCAACAAUGCCUAAUGAAAUCCAUCACUAG